AUGGUAUCAAAGGAAAUUAAAAGUGUAAUUGAAAAAACAUUAGGAGAUAAAACCAAAGAUAUAGAUGAAACAAUCAUUGAUUAUAUAUCAGGAGUAUUUGAAGAUGAAGGAGUCAAUAGUGAUAUGGAUGAAUUGACAGAGAUAUUAUCACCAUUAUUAUUGGAUACAUGUUUUGCAGAUGAUGAAAGUGGAGUCAAUAGCGCAAUCAAUGGUAUAGUGGAGGCAUUGGUGAAUGAAAAACUCAUUACAAUUAAACAGAAACAAACAAUUACACAAUUAUCACAACCAGUAGCACUUCAAAGAUUGGAUGAUCGUGUUGGAGCAGCAGUAUCAUGGAUGAAAGCAGAGGAAGGCAUUUCCAUUGUGAACAAGGAUCAAUUGGAAGCCAAUGAAAAACGUUACAAUGCAAGAAAGGAAGCACGUCUUGCCAAAGAGGAGAGAAAGAAACUUCGUCAAAAUGCAGCAUUGGCAGCAUUAAACUCAUUGAAAGAACAACAAACCAUGAUGGCAUCAACUAUUCGUGGUACCAAUCAAUCACGUGAUAUUCAUGUGGAUGCAUUCAAUGUCACCUAUGGUAAGAAUGAUUUGAUCAUCAACUCUGAUCUCAAUCUAAACUAUGGUAGAAAGUAUGGUUUAAUUGGUAGAAAUGGUACUGGUAAGACAACACUUCUUCGUCAUAUUGCCUCAAGAGAGAUUGGUAUCGAUAAUAAUCUCUCAAUUCUUCAUGUGGAACAAGAGGUCAAUGGUAAUGAAACCACAGUUAUCGAGUGUGUACUCGAAGCAGACGUUGAGAGGGAUCGUCUCUUAAAGGAAGAGAAACGUUUAAACGCUCUCCCAGAGAGUGAAAAGAAUAAUCUCUCAGAGAAACUCAAUAGCAUCUAUGAGAAACUCAAUCAUAUCGAUGCUCAUACCGCCGAAUCAAGAGCUGCAGCAAUUCUCUCGGGUUUAGGUUUCACAGAGGAAAUGCAACAACAACCAACCAAAAGUUUCAGUGGAGGUUGGAGAAUGAGAAUUUCAUUGGCUCGUGCACUCUUUAUUCAACCAGAUGUUCUCUUAUUGGAUGAACCAACCAAUCAUUUGGAUUUGUUUGCUUGUCUUUGGUUAGAGUCCUACUUGGUCAAUUGGAAUCGUACCUUGGUCAUCGUAUCACAUCAACGUGAAUUCCUCAAUGCAGUUUGUACCGAUAUCAUGCAUUUGAACAAUAAAAAGAUCGACUAUUAUAAGGGUAACUAUUCAGUGUUUGAACGUACUCGUUCUGAUCGUUUGAAGGCUCAACAACGUUCAUUCGAAGCUCAACAAUCUCAAAAAAAACAUAUUCAAGCAUUUAUCGAUCGUUUCCGUUACAAUGCUAAACGUGCAAAAAUGGCACAAUCUCGUAUCAAACAAUUGGAACGUAUGGAGGAUAUUGGUGAAGUAUUGGAUGAUCCAACCGUUACCCUUCAAUUCUUGGAACCUGAACCAUUGGCACCACCCAUUCUUCAAUUCCAAGACGUUUCAUUUGGUUACACUCCAGAUAAACUCCUCUUUAAAAAUCUCAAUCUUGGUAUCGAUAUGGGUAGUCGUGUAGCUCUCGUCGGUGCAAAUGGUGCCGGUAAAACAACUCUCCUUCGUUUGUUAUGUGGCGAGUUGGAAGAAACCAAUGGUUUGGUCAUCCGUAAUGGUAAGCUAAGAUUCUCUCGUUUCAGUCAACAUUUCGUCGAUCAAUUGGAUCUCUCCAAAUCUCCACUCGAUAAUUUCCUCGCCAAAUAUCCUGGUACCACCGCUCAAACUGCUCGUUCUCAUUUGGGUAAAUUUGGUUUGUCUGGUGAUAUCGCCCUUCGUACUGUAAAUACUUUAUCUGGUGGUCAAAAGUCUCGUGUCGUAUUGGCUCAAAUCUCUUACACCAAACCUCACAUUCUCUUACUCGAUGAACCUUCAAAUCAUUUGGAUAUUGAUACCGUUGAUGCUCUCUGUCAUGCUCUCAAUGUUUUCGAAGGUGGUAUACUUUUAGUAUCUCACGAUGAAAGAUUAAUUUCUUUGGUUUGUGAUGAAAUUUGGUAUUUCGAUGGUGAAGAAGGUGAACCAAAAGAAGUUAAAAACUUUGAUGGUGAUUGGAAUGAUUAUAAAAAAGCGAUCUGGAACUUGUAA